GGUUUGCAGCCAACCCGGCCCGCGAAGCAGAUGGCAAACAAUCCCGGGAUUCUCGGCACUGACGAGACGCAUCACGUGAUGCACCAUAGCCCGCAGUGCGGGUGCGAGGCCGGUUGCGUCAGCAGAAUAUAACCGGCACCACGGCUCCCAGAAACACCAGCAAUACUCACGAAAGAAACAUUACAAACAUGCUUUUUUUGGCUACUGCGUUGGCUGGUUUGGGCGUUGCCUGUGCAAAUCGCGUACUUCUUGAUGACAACUUGAACAGCCAGGUGUGUGAGGGCAUGUAUUCCAAGCAUGACUGGGGAGGAAGCAAACUGCCCCAUAUAAGCAUCAAACUCGACCGCUUCAACGACCAUAAAUUGAACAGCAAGAAUCCGGUUGAGUACGACGAUAUUGAGCUCAGCUAUGUGAUUUUCGAAUACAAGGAUAUCGACAAGUUGGGCGUGCAAUACGGCGAUUCAGGCCGGAAAAAGUACAUCUGCGACGACUUGGCGUUGGAAGCGGGCGUCUGCAGUCAGUCACAAUAUGGCUCAUUCAUUGCGGGCAGCGAUACGGCUAAUACAACGAUACAAAUUGCUAAACUCACCCAGUUGGGGUUUGCCAACCUCACGUAUCCCGUCACCAAUACCGGCUACUACUGCGUAUCUACAUUUUCCACGCUCUCUGACGCUAAGUACAAAGGGUUUGUGAGUUUCCAGAACGCAUUCGGCCAGUUGAGUGCGUCUGAAAUCCCCAAAUUGCCCGCAUACGGCAUCUUGACCCUCUGUUACGCCGUGACAAUGGCGUUGUUUGGGUUCCAGUUCUUCAAGCGGAGAAACCAGAACCAGAUCUUGCCUUUGCAGCGCUACUUGCUUGCCAUGCUUGGGUUUUUGACUUUUGACACACUUGUGGUCUGGUCUUACUACGACUUGGUCAAUAGAACCGUGGGAACCAAUUGGUUUGUGAAGUUCUACAUCGUCUUCAUGUCAAUCAUGAGCUCGGCAAAAUUCACGUUCUCCUUCUUCUUGCUUUUGUUGAUAGGGUUGGGUUAUGGCGUGGUGCUGUUGAAAUUGUCCAAGAAGAUCAUGUUUCGCUGCAAAAUUCUCGCCGGUGUGCAUUUCACCGCGUCGAUGUUGUAUUUGAUCGGUACUUACAAUAACGGAGGUCUGAACUCUAACUCCUCUUACUCAAGUAUUGACGCGGAAGCAGACGCCCCAAGCCUCUGGAUGCUUUUCUUUCUUCUUCCCGUGACUAUAACCAUGACCACGUACUAUUUCCUCAUUCUUUCGUCGAUUCGGAACACUACAGCUAGCCUUCAUAAGCAGCGUCAAGUGAUCAAGUUGCAGUUGUAUCAGAACUUGUUCCGCAUCAUUUCGCUUUCGUUGAUUAUCAUCUUUACCGGGAUUGUCUUAACAAGCUUCUACUUCUUGAGCUUGUCCGGAACCGAGGCCAUUGAGCAAAACUGGAGGGGGUCUUACUUUGUUGUUGACUUCUGGCUUACGAUCACGUACUUCUGCAUCUUCUUGGGUGUGGCAUGGUUGUGGAGACCAACAGAGACGUCGUACAUGUUGGCGGUUUCCCAGCAGCUCUCCACCGGAGAGGGCGAAGAGGGCGAUGGGGCCUUCAAUACCUAUCAGCAUGGUCAUGAGUUUGAGCUCGACGAUGUGUCUUUGAUGAGUCAUAGCGACGAUGAGAAUGCACAGAGGGAUAGCUUUGAGUUGGACAAUCUGGAGAUACCCCAAGAGGAGCCUCCAAAGUAUAAAGAAGCCAGUCAUGACGACGACCAUGGAACGCCCGUACCCAACGUUAGCAACACGCUUUUUGAGCUAGGAGAGGAAGACGUUGAAGACGAAAGCAGGAAGUCUGGCGAAGGCAGACACUCGUCACCGCUGGACAGGAGAUUGUCGUAAUGCACGCCAACAGUGGAAGAAUAUAAUCUCACAAUGUAUAUCUUCAAGAAAUAGAUCGUGGAAAAGAAUAUAGUCUUUUAAUGUAUAUCCUCAAGAAAUGGCUCGUGGAAAAGAAAAC